AAAACAAUCCAUGUUUUAAACCGCCCGUAGUUUAUUGUGUUGAUUGAAGAUUCGCUUUAUUUUCUUAGGAAAAGAAAAGCAUCUCUGUGUACUUUCCAGCGAAGGAAAGGGUGAUGUGUAGUGUCACCUUAUCUUUAAUCUCAUUUGUGCAGUAAACAUAAUUUGUAAAAUGGAACCAGCGGCAGCGUAUUCUCAGACGGGAGCUGACGACUUCACGGAAGAUGGUGAUGAAAACAGACAAGAGGAAGAGCCAUCAAAUUCAAGCUGUGGUGGACAGGAAGAGGAUGGGGCAGCUGCUGUGACUGAGUGCAGACAGAGUAAAGGAGAGGACAGCAGCCUCAUGGCAAAUGGUCAUUCUGUUGAGGAAAACAGAACAGAUAAAGAGACAUUGAGCGGUGAAACAGAAGAAAAUAGUUCAGCUCCUUCGACUGAACUUAGACAUAGGGAAAAGACUGACAGCAAAUUUGACGCUGACCUAGAGAACGAGUUUGCUUGUCCAGUCUGUUUGCGGAUCGUGAUUCAGCCGACGACCUUGAACUGCGGCCACACGUCCUGCCGGGUCUGCCUGGCCCGAUGGUACUUCAACUCCAAAAAGAAAGAAUGUCCACUGUGUCGGAAACGGUACCAGGGCCAUCCCAUGAUCAACAGACAAAUCAAAAAUCUGUUGGAAUCUGUGUUCCCCGACAAAAUCAAGGAGAGGGAGCAAGAACUGGAAGACGACAAGGACGACUUGGAUGUCGUCAAAAAGUAUGACUUUGAGCUGUCCAGCCACAAAUCGUCGCCUCAGAAAUUUUCUGACAUCACGUCCUUCUGUUCGGGAAUCAUUGUGGCCAUGUGUGCUUUUGUGGUGGUGUACUUAGCCUGGUACUGGCAGACCAGCGACGCAAAUCUGCUGGUGAAGAAACCAGUACAGAUGUGGAAGCCGAAAGAUGUUGCCACGUGGAUUGGAGAGCUGGGGUGGGCCAAGGUGUACGCUGGCGCUGUCACAGAGCGACAAAUCGAUGGGACAAUGCUGCUCUCUCUGGACGAGGAAACUUUGAGCGGACUUCUCAACAUGACAGACAGCACUCACCAAAAAGCCCUGAUUUUUGCCAUCAGACUGUUACAAGACCAGGGUGUUAAAAUGCCGGCUUCUUUAUGGGAGUAUAAGGCUAUAUAUCCGGGACGAUGUCUAUUUUUAGUAUACAGCAUGAAAGACUUCCCCCGCACCAGCCUGUUGUAUCUGUGGCUGUAUUUUCACGACGAAAUGUUCAUGCCUUUCCUGAGGGCCACCUCAUGCAGCACAGACCUGAGCUUGCCUGCUAAUUCCACGGAGGAUGGCGUCCUUGUACCGCCCGAAGUGACCACGGCCGAGUGGGUGAGCUUCCUGUUCUACACCCUGGUGCUGCCCGAAUGGCUUGUGGCGACCUUCACCUUCCAGAUGUUCGAUCAGCACCUGUUCACCCCGCUGUUUGUCCUGGCCACGGCCUUCCUCUACACCGUGCUGGAGAUCCUCAACUGGCUCUUGUUCUUCAAGGAGGAGGGCAGCUCCAUCUUCCCAAUCAUCAAGCUGUACCUGAAACAGCUGAUGUCAGCGUUUAUGUUCAUGGUGGUGUGGCCGGUGGUUCCCAGCCUCGUGUGCGACGCCCUGUUCUACGGCGCCCUUUACAUCAGCCCCGUGCACGCCUCCAUGGAAGUUUACAACAAGUUCCGAGCGUUAAACGAGCUAAGAUAGUUAGAAUAGAAGUCUAUUUGUUAAAUGACAGAAGAUUCCUAUAUAUUUUAUAUGCAGCAGAGUUUUACGCAGUGGAGUCUGCAUAAACUGAACACUGUUACUCCGAAAAAAGCAGUAAAAAAGCGGUAAACGAAAAUAAAGUAAAAUCCCCCAUUUUUUUUCUCUUUUAUUUGAGCAGCCUCUCAGAAUUGAAAACCCAGCUAAAUGGAAGAAAAUUUUUAGUCCCAUAGAUUUUGGAUUGCCGACUCCACUACUUAUAAAUAUGCAUAUCGUUGCUGUCGCAAGAAAAAUGUUUUAGUCUCUUUUAUCUUGCUUUGCAGGGUGAAUUAAAAAAUCUGGGAGUUACUUUAUUCAUUCUGCUCGUGACAUCAGAGGUAUCUAUGUAGUGUUCUCGUAUGUGCGUUUUUAUUUUUCUGGUGGCAUAGAUACUCACCAAGAGGUUUUCAAAAAAAGUGAGUUAGCUCCGAGACCUCUUCAAGCUUGCUGUGAGGUCUACUUUGAAUUUUUUAUUUACUUUUCCGUUCAUUGCCAGCAACAUAUUAUCUCGAACUUACUUCUUGCUUGGCUUAUUUCCAUUAUGGGAAAUAACUGCUGCUUAAGAUCGUAUAGAGGAAAAGUAAUUGAAGCAAUAAAUAUGAUUUCAUGAAUACAGCA